AGUAUUCUACUGUGGGAUUGUAGUUACUCGACUGAAUACAUGUAUACAAAAGAAUAAGGUUGCUGUCAUUCACAGGCAUCGCAUAAUUAAAUAUGUGAUUUUUCCCAAUCCUAUGAUGGCAAUACUUAUCAGCAAAACAAGUGUAUUACGUUGUUUGUAAAUUCGGGCUGGGUGAACACUAAUCAGUUGUAUUCCAUCACUAUCAGCAGCAUGAUGGAGCUGUUGGCAGUGCUUGCCAUUUUUCUGUGUGUGUUCAGUUUUAGUCUAGCAUUCCCAACUAUAAAUCCUGAAUCGAUAUUCAUUCCGUUGGUUCACCGUGUGAGGGAUGAUGUUAGUGACGUUUUCCAAGCAGACUCAAACGAGUUUCCCACUGACCCUAGGGUGCCGCCAGUAGUUACGGAUCAAGACGCUCAAGCUGUCUUGCAAGACUACGGAUUCCUUAGUUCGGAUGACAUAAUCAAUCGAUUGGAUCAAACAACAGAUAGUGCCAAGGAUGCACUGAAAAGGUUUCAAAAGCAAUUCAACCUCACAGAAAAUGGAGCACUCGACGAUGAUACCAGGAGACUUAUUUCGGCUCCUCGCUGUGGCGUAGCUGAACUCAACGCAAUCGAAGACAAGUGGACAAAACGGGCAUUGACAUUCAAAAUUAACAGCUUUCCGAGGAGCGUGCCACAAAGCGAGGCACGAAAUUUGAUAAAUCAAGCUUUCAAAGAAUGGACCAAGCACGUGCUACUAAAUGUAACAGAAGUUAGUCGUGGAGAAGCCGAUAUCUAUGUCAGUGACGAGCAAAAAAUCCACGAAAACCGACUGGGCAGUGAAUGUAGAUUUACAACCAACACUACUCUUGCGCAUGCCUUUUUUCCGGAAGUUGGAGAUAUUCACUAUAACACUGACCGAAGCUAUACAUCAGAAGAAUUCUUCAGUGCAACCAUUCACGAAAUCGGCCAUACGCUGGGAUUAGACCACUCUAACUCCAAAACGUCGAUAAUGUUUCCCUUCCACAUUCGCUAUCACACGGAAAUCCCCGAGGAAGAUCGUCGCGCUCUUCAGGCUCUCUAUGGUGUUAGUCGCACCACAACAGCCAUUCCAACUGUGCCACCCCGAACGGAAACCCCGGUCCCACCUCUAUGUUCACUGCACAAAUUCGAUGCCAUACUGAACGACGCUCGUGGCCAAACGUAUGCUCUCGCAGGUGACUAUUACUACCCACUUCGCGAUCGGACACCCAGAGGGCGUCGAAUUUCCUCAAAAUGGCCAAAGUUACCGGGUAGCGUAGAUGUCGCCUUCACCUAUCGAAACAACAAAACAUUCUUCUUCAAGCGCAAUCGAGUAUGGGUUUACGCGGACAACCAGCUGGAAGCCGGCUACCCGAAGCCAAUCGAAGAUGAUUUCCCGGGACUUCCCGGCAACCUAGGUGCGGUAUUUGUUACAAAACAGGGAAAUCUGCUGGCUCUGAGGAAGAAACAUUACUGGUUCUAUAGUCCUCGGAAACGGCCCCAGAUUGGCAAAGAGUUUCCUCGGUCGGUGUUCGAUUUCCAAGGCAUGCCGGUCAAUGUAGAUGCCGCGUUGCGCCAUACCGACGGACUGGCGUACUUCUUCAAGGGUCGUAAUUAUCAUAUCUUGAACAUGACGGACUACACGAUGGGACCCGCUACACCGAUGAAGCGGCGUUGGUUUGCGUGUUAGGAUUUAUAUUGUACCCAACCCACCGUUUUAACACCGUGUUUUGGCAUUUGCAAGCCUCCAGGUAAUUCUUCGUUACAUCAUGAAACCUGACCUCGAAAUGUUUGACAAUUCUCAGGUCAUGCAAGAUAAAGACAAAACUGCCUUCUUCCACGCGGGUAGAGGUAAAAUACUGACGAUCAAAACGUGAUAUUGGUUGAAUAAGAGAUAAAAGAUCUGAAAAUAAUAUCUAAAAUAUGUUCCUGGAACAUCUAGAUCAAUCGAAUAGCUCGCUGCUAUUGGUAAUAUUUUACAAAAUCUAAACAUGUUAUGAUGAUGAUGUUCCAGGAGUAAAUUUUUGACAUUAAUUUCAGAUCUUUCAGCUCUUAUAUCAAUCAAACCAAUAUCACUUUCUGAUCUUCAUGUCAAAAUAUGCUAUUAUUGAGCUCUUUUCCUCUACCCGGGUACCAACAUUGUUGCUGAACUUUUCUUGCUCAUCUGUCAAAAUGACCAAAGAAUUUUGAGGUUACAUUUAUUGGUGUAAUGAAGUAUAGAUAGAUAAGCAGAUAAUAUAGUAUAUUAAAACUUUUAGUGCAUAGAAAUUCGAUUCCACAAAGCGUCAAACGCGAUUGAGCUAAAUACAUACAUGAAGAAGUGGAGGCAAGUCAGUUUUAUACUUCUUUCGAUGAUGAAUUUCGGAUAUCGUUUUAUCCGAUAUUUUUGAAACAUGCCGAACAUUCCCAGCGUAUUCUUCAUUACACCAACAAAGCUAGCCAUGAAAAUGUUUGACACUUCUGAGGUCAUUAUGACAGAUCACGCAAGGGCCCAUAUAGCCGAGGCGGUAAACGCACGGGUAUUCAGCAUGACCAUGCUGAGGGUGACGGGUUCGAUUCCCGGUCGGUCCAGGAUCUUUUCGUAAAGGAAAUUUCCUUGACUUCCUUGGGCAUAGAGUAUCUCGUGCCUGCCACACGAUAUACGCAUGCAAAAUGGUCAUUGGCAGAGGAAGCUCUCAGUUAAUAACUGUGGAAGUGCUCAUAGAACACUAAGCUGAGAAGCAGGCUUUGUCCCAAAUGAGGACGUUACGCCAAGAAGAGAGAUAGAGAUGACAGAUCACGCACAUGCACGAAAAAGACGGAUCAUAUAUUCUACUUUAUUCUAUAUUAUAUUAUAUUAUAUUCUACUAUAUAAUAUAGUAUAUUAUAUUAUACUAUAUUAUAUUCUACUUGUUGUCGUCCUUUUCAUGCACAUGUUAUUUGUGUCAAAAUGACCUGAGAUCUGUCAGUCAUUUUGAGGUUAGGUUCGUUGGUGUAGUAAAGAAUCCGUCCAGCUUUGGACACCUUCUAUAUGCUGGGUUCGCAGUACAGUGCAGCGGAUUCGUGGUUUCUUUUUCGUCGUCAUACACAACGUACUCCUGCACACCGUCAGAGAUCGUCCAUAGCACACAUCGCAUGAAAACACCAGGUGCUUGCAAGUCCUCC